CCAGCUCUGCCGGUGACUCUUUCAGAUUCUCGCCCCCAGGUCGGGAGGAUUCGGUGUUGAGCUACGAGACAGUGAUGCAGAUGGAAGUGCACUAUGCUCGCCCCAUUAUCAUCCUGGGGCCCACCAAGGACCGAGCGAACGACGAUCUGCUCUCCGAGUUCCCUGACAAGUUCGGCUCCUGCGUCCCCCACACCACGCGGCCGAAGCGGGAGUACGAGGUGGACGGGCGGGACUAUCACUUCGUGGCGUCGCGGGAGAAGAUGGAGAAGGACAUCCAGGGCCACAAGUUCAUCGAGGCCGGGCAGUACAACAGCCACCUGUACGGGACCAGCGUCCAGUCCGUGCGUGAGGUGGCCGAGCAG